GAUAAACACCAUAGGAGACGUACGGUCGGAGAGGGAAACCAAAAAGUGGACUGACAUACUUUUGUUGAUUUGUAUCUGAUAUUACUGUUGUUGGUGUUUUCUCCUCUGGACUCUUUUCAUGGUUGUUGCCGAACGCAGUCAAGACAGAGCCAACGUGAUGCCAAUCACCAAAUCAACCAAGAAGAAGAAAUGGAAGAAGGAAGCGGGUGACGUGGAGGACCCAGAAGGGUGUUCUGCUGUCUGCUACCCAGGCAGCCCUCCAGAGCCAGGUAUUGAGAUGGAGGGACUGGCCAGCAGGAGGCAGUCAGAGACGGUCCCUCUGACCCCUGAACCACAGGAAGUCCCACCACAGAAGAGGAAGAAGAAAAAGAAAGCUCAGACCCAAGACAUGGAGGAGCCGGAGCUGGUGAAUGGGGACGGGAUGGACCAGCACACAGACGGGGAGGAACAAGUCGUCACCAGGACAAAAACCAAGAGGAAGAAGAAGUCCAAGAUUGACAUGCAUUACACCAAUGACCUGGGUGUGGAGGACGGUGACAUUGUCAGUGGUUUGCACCAUGCUAUCCCCCACCAUUCCCUGUUUUCUUCUCCUCUGGGCCACAGCCAGCCCGUCGGCAAAGUGUUUGUGGAGAGAAACA